AUAAUUAAAAAUGGAAACAGAGCAACAGCCAGAAAAGAUGUGGGUCCCCAUUGAAUGAAAUCCUUCAGUGUUUACUAAUUUGGCAUCCAAGUUAGGGUUUGAUACAUCUAAGCUAGAGUUUACUGAUGUUUUCUCGCUUGAUAGUGAGAUUUGGGAGAUGAUGAUGCCUAAACCUAUAUCUGCAGUCAUCCUUGCCUUCCCUAUUAAGGAGGCUCAUCAAGAGAUGAGAGAUAAAAUGAGAGACGACUUUAAGGCAGAUCCUGAUUCAUCAGUGACUUUCAUCAAGCAAAAGAUCAGAAUGGCUUGUGGGACCAUGGCUAUUCUCCAUGCUACACUUAAUUGCUCUGAAGAGAUGGAGCACAAAGGAUUCUUAAAAGAUUUGGUCGAUUUUGGCUCAAAGAUUGAAGACGAGACCACUGCUCCUGAUGAAUUGGCCCAGUUCUUAAUUGAUAGUGAAGAACUCGAAAAAGUUCAUGGAGAAUGAGCAGUCCAAGGAAACUCAGAAGUCGUUACCGAAGUUGAUGUCCAUUUUAUGGCAUUUGUCGAAAUUAAUGGCAAGGUUUAUGAACUUGAUGGCAGACAAGAUGCUCCAGGUCUUCUUGGAGAACUUGAAGGCAGCAAUUUAGGAAUUAAGGUAUCCCCAAUUAUACAGCAGUAUAUUGACCUUGAUCCUGAAGAAAAGAGAUUCUCAAUGUUAGCAUUAGCAGGUAAAUCAUAGAUUAAUUGAUGAUUCUGUUUCAAUGUUUGGA